AUGUGCUGUUCGUCUGAUCUCGCCGCGGUUCAUCUGAAUUCGCCAAAACCAGCAGGACGCCAUUUUCCUUCUACGCGGCCAUGUCUGCCAUCGGCAACACCAGCAGCACCAGCAGCAGCACCACCACCAGCAGCAGCAGCAGCACCACCAGCAGCAGCAGCACCAGCAGCAGCAGCAGCACCAGCAGCAGCAGCACCAGCAGCAGCAGUAGAAGACGUGACUCACGCCCACGCCCACCCCCAGGUAGUAAGUGGCCCAUGCCAUGCACUCAAGCCCCGCUGCUCUUUGGCAUGGCGCUCCGUCCCCUUCUUCCCCCAAUACUCCGCCCCACUCCCCCAACCCUCCUCCCCCCCUCUCUGCAUUUACAUGGCACCUGCAUCUGUCCUUACCUCCCCCGUGUGUGCUGUGUUCCUAGAGCUCGACUGGGUGAAAAUAGGCAAACGCCUCAACGAGCAGUUGGCCCUGGUGGAGGAUGAUGACAGCGUGGCUGAGUGCCAAAAGAAGAUGGAUCAAGCCGUGAUAGAUUAUGUGAACAAGGUUGGCGGUAGGAGCAAGGAGUUUGAUGCGCUGCUAAACGUCUUCAAUGAGGGGGUAGCUGAACUCGAACAAAGGAUCGAGCUUGGUGACGGGGCGUUCAAGUACGCCUACAGAAAAUUCUUUGAUUGUUAUGAGCAGGCAAAGAGAGAUGCAGAACUGCUGAAGAGGGCCGCGCAUCUGCCUGGUCAGCAAACAGAGGUGGAGCAGGUGUGCGCUCAGCUGGCUCAGAUGAGAGCUGAGCUGGAGGACAGGGACGGCCGAUUGAAGAAAGUGACCGAGGAGCGAGAUUACUUUCGAGAGUGUUAUGGGCAGGCAGAGAGAGAUGCACUGCUGAAGAGGGCCGCUCAUCUGCAUAAGAGGGAUUCGGAGGUGGAGCAGUUGAAAGUUCGGCUGGCCGAGCUGAGUGGUCAGCAAACUGAGGUAGAACAUGUGCGCGCUCAGCUGGCUCAGAUGAGAGCUGAGCUGGAGGACAGGGACGGCCGAUUGAAGAAAGUGACCGAGGAGCGAGAUCACUUUCGAGAGGAGUGGGACGCGGUGCGGCUGACGGUGCAGGGUUGGGAGAGCAAAGUGAAGACAUUGGAAGCACAGCUGGUGAGUGAGAGAGAUAGGUGGAGGCUGGAGGACAGCAGGGAGGUCCAGGGGGAUGGUCCAGGGUUCAUUGCUGGAGGUCCCUCUGAGAGAAAGAGAGUAAUAGAGAUUGAUGUCCCUCUCCUUGUCCCUCUCCUUGUCCCUCUCCUUGUCCCUCUCCCUCUCCUUGUCCCUCUCCCUCUCCCUGUCCCUCUCCCUCUCCCUGUCCCUCUCCCUCUUCCUCUCCCUCUCCCUCUCCCUGUCACACAUCUCAAUCACCCCACUCCCACACAUUUUGUGGCACCCGCGAUGGGGAAACAAAUUCAUGACAAGAAUGAGCUGGUGCCAGGUGCGACGCUGUACGGGGGAAAGAUGACUUGUGGUGUGUAUGGAGGCACAAAAGUAAAAGAAGCAGUUAGAGUUCGAGUCAGUGGUUAUAAGUUCAGGGAGGAGAUGGGAUACUACCCCGAGAAGUUUGCAGGGCACGCAUCCGAGAUCGGCCAUGUCCUAAUGGAGCGCGACUUCCCAUUGGCGCAUAAGUUUUUCACGCGCGAACAGUUCAUGGAUGCCGUCAAUAAGGGCAAGAAAAAGGAAGAUGAAACUUGGAAGGAUGUGGUUGCAGAGUUGUUGGGGUUGGAGAAGAUUUAG